AUUAUUAUGAGGUAAAUGUUUUAUGGAAGAUUUAGCUUCCUUCACCUCUUUUGAUGAUUUUUAGAUUUUAAAACACUGACGACUUUAUUGAGGGCUUUAAAUUAAUUAAAUGGCUUUUAUAAAAUUUUGAGUGUUUGGCUUCAAAUGCACUAUUCAGUUUUAUUUUGAGAUCAGUGGAUUUUCCAACAUGGCGGCCGAUACACGCUUUGCAAGUAAGUGAUAUUAUUUAAUUUUCUUUUGUAAAUUGAGGUCAAUUGUGCAUGGGCGCCAAAACAAGCUUUAUAGGACAACUGGAAAGGAAUGUUACACCAACUGGUGUGUACAAAAUGAAACGUCCAACUGAUUAAUGUUUCAAUAGUAAAACUGUUUGCAUGGAAUCAUCAACUCAAUCAUGGAAUGUGAUGUGCUGAUUGUGCUCAUCAUCAUCAUGUGCGCAUAACCUUGCUGCUACAGUACAGUUGCUACUCUACCUCCUCCGCAAGCCUUUCAAAAAUAUAAAAUUGUUGGGAAACGAACGGAAAAGCCUGCAGACUAAUUUUCCAAGAUGGGGGCUGAGGUCUGAGGAAGUCACAAGACAAAUUAUAUUUAUAUAUCAUUUUACCAGAACAAUAUUAUUAUUAAAGUCUUUGACUACUUCUGAUAUAGACCGCUUUUCGUAUCUACAAUAUACAUUAAAACAGUGAAUACUGAACAAACAAGCGUACUUUGAUUUAUAAAGAGAAGAAGAUAAAUAUCAGUUAAUUUGCACAUUAAAUUUGCAUAAUAGGGCCAUUUAUACGGGACAAAAUAAGUCGCAACUUACAUAAGUUGCGACUUAAAUAAGAUGCGACUUAAUAAAUAAGACGCAAGUUUGUCGUAUAAAAGGUACAAAAUUCUUAUGUAAGGCCAAGUAAAAAAAAUUCCCGGUUUCUCAUCAGAUGUUUUUUUUUUUAAAUGCAAAUGCGGCGCACUUUUUUAAAAUUUUUUAUAUUAAACAACCAGUUUUUUUUUAACAAUAGAACUUAAAUUGUUUAAUAAAAACCACUAUUCUACCAUGUAUAUUUAUUUAAAAUACAGUAUUUAUAAAAAAAAACAUGAAGUCGGCACCAUUUGCAUAAAAUAUUACACUGCUGACCACCCACCGCUAAAUAUUUCAUGUAAUUCCUAAUGCGGACACUGAUGAGAAACUGGGAAUUGUUUUUACUUGGCCUAAGUCGCGUUAAUUAAAUAAGAACAGGAUUUUUAGCUGUUCUUAUUUAAGUCGCACCUUAAAUAAGACAUUUUGGAUAAAAAGUUUAACCACACAUGCCCGAAACUUGAAACAACGUAAAAUUAUUAGCCUUGCAUAUUAAAACAAAUACAACCAAAACAAAAUUAUAGCUAUAGCAAGUAAAUAAGACUAAUAUAUAAGACAUGUCUUAUGUAAGUCGCGACUUAUUUUGUCCUGUAUAAAUGGCCCUAUUAUUCCAUUUAUAUUUGUCUUUUAUACAGUGUAACUAUAGUAUUUAAAUGUGUGUGUAUAUAGUCUAAACAUCCCAUUUGGCCAAGUGAUAGAUUCACAACGUCUAUAUGACUAUAUCACUGUCGCUUGUGCUUAUAAAACCCUCCAUUAUUUGAGUUUCCUUGUCGCUUUUAUCAGCCAUAACUGCCAAGAUGUAGUUAGAAAAUACUCGCAAAACAGGAAAUCUUGCUAAAGAUUGGCAGACGAUGUGCCAUAUUUUAAUGAAAUUUGAUACAAUUGAGUAAUCAUGAUUUUAAAGAAAUUUGAUCCAACUGAGUAACCAGACUUAAUAAUUUAACAUUUGUAAAUAUUAUUUCUGAUAGAACCACUGUGUUUAAAUAAAAAUUAUCUAAUCUAAUCGACGCUAUAAGCCAAGUAAUCGACAUGUUAUUCAGCAGGCCUUACAGCAGCUUUGUCUCAGAUUUCAAAUUUUAACCCGCGAACGGGCAUACUCAUUACGGGCUGUUGGCCUGCGGAGGAGGUAGAUUGCUACUAAUAUAUUUACUAGUAAUUGGUACACUGAUUGUGAUUCCAUACAGGAACUGUCUGGGCAGUCUGAUUAUAAUAUUAAAAACAAGUGAAACCGGUCCUAUUAAAUACUGCCCGGAGCACCUGGAAGCGCCCAGGAGCGUGUGAGAAUGCCCGGGGAUAUGUAAGAUAGUAUAAAUCAGUGCACGAUCCUUUUUGGGUCUCUAUGAAGCAUUAUAUUAAUAAAAAAUAAUAUUAAAGUGAUUUUCAACCAGCCUAGCAACAAGCGGUGAAGCACGGUUGCCCAUGCAGGAAGAUGUGCGGAACAUGAGCUUAUAUUUAUUAUUGAUGUAAAUAUUUGCUGUUAUUAAAUUUGUGCACUGAUUUAUGCUAUCUAGUAUAUCCCCAUGCAUCCCCGGGUGCUCCCAGGCAUCCCCGGGUGCUCCGGGCAGUAUUUAGUAGGACCCAGUCAGGGUUUUUUUCAGGGAUUUUUUAGGGCCAUUAAACGGCUCCAAAAACUCAAUCUUGAAUUGAGUUUUGAAACUCAAUCUUCUCACCAAAGUUUCAGUGCAGUAAAAAUGAAGUUGUUUGAGUUAAAUUUGUGACGUGUGAAAUUAGUUUUCAGUUAGAAACCAGACAAUUAAAAAACAAUGGCUGGAAUUCCUCUCACAACACAAGAAAAAUUAUGCAUUCACCAUUAUUUAUUGAGUACAGGUGUGUCCCCCGGUAGGGGGAGCCAUCCCAGCUGUUCAGCUAAACUCAAUCUUCUCUGCAAAAACGGACCCAAGAGAAAAUCCUGAAAAAAAUCCCUGCCAGUGAAACAACUGUAUAAUAAUGAGAAGAUUGAAUUAUUGUUAAGCUGUCUAAUAAGCACACAUUGAAGCACACACAACAUUGAAUAAGCAGUGUAUCAAAUCCAAAUCUUUCAAUGGUCAACAGUGUCAAACCUAAUUAAUUAACAUUCCUGGGGGGGGGGGGUUAAACUGCAGUUUAACAGUAAAAUCCCAACCCUAAGGCCAAUGGAAUUAAGGUAUCAGUUUAACGUCACCUGCCCACGUGUGUUACUGGCAGCCGCGUGAAAUUUUCAUUAUUUCAAUAUUUUUUCAUCAUUUGUCAAAUUUGUAUGGCAAAUGUUUCAAAAAUGGCUUUCUGUUGAAAUUAUUGGCAAAUACUGACUUUGUUUAUACAGUUAGCGAAGCCAUAGGCAUAGCCUGCGUGGCGAAGCCACAGCGAAACAGAGUCAAAGACAUAGCUGAUAACUCGGAAGCUAGCAAAAAGCUCAAGAAUGGAUUUUUUCGGUCGAAAUUCGGAUUUUUAGCUCAAAAUUUGACAAAUUCAAAUCGUGAAAAAUAGUAAAUAAUCCUAACUAGAUUUCACAAGUUGUACAUUUUGCAAACUGCAGAUUUAGUGUUGCAAACUAUGGUAUAAAGCCAGCCCUUUAAAAAGAAAUACUAGACAAAAGUGUACUGGGUGGCCAAAAAAAUCUCUCUUACACUUAAACAAGAGGCAUUGUAUGCAGUAAUGUCUAACUUAAAUUUUGGUAUAUACCAUGUGCAUUUUAAUACAGUAUUGACUGAGAUAACUGUAUUUAAAUUUGAGUUAACGUUUCCGGAAAUGUCGAAAAUUAGUAAAAACGGCCUAUCAAUGUUAAUACCGCAGUAACCUGUGCGUAUAAGUAUACUGCAGUCAAAAAGUAUUCGUUUUAUAGAUAAAAAUGCUAUUCAUUAGGAAAUCAAUGCAAUUUCUAGCUUGUCCAUGUGAGAAUGCAGUCGAAAGAAUUUCAGAUCAUCUGGGGAUCCAGGUUGUGACAUGCUGUUACAAUUGCCUCACGAGGCUCUCUCGAAUUAUUUGGUCGUUGAUCAUGUGGCACAUUCCAAAUUUGAUGCUUCAAGUACCCCCAAAGAAAAAAAUAGCACACUGUCAGGUCAGGAGAACGAGGGGGCUAAGGUGAAUCACCCCGUUUACUCAUCAGUUGGCCAGUGAAAUUGUGCCCGAAGAUAUUGAAUACAGUAGUUGCGUUACUGGUUGUCAAAAUUAGUUUAAUAGGCCGUUUUUUGCUAAUUUUCGACAAUUUUGAAACUAUUUACUUAUUUUCAAACCCAAAUAUCUUGGUCAAAACUGUGUUAAAAUACACAUGGCGUAUGUACCAAAAUUCAUGUUAGACAUCACUGGACUAAAUGCUUCUUGCUUAAGUGUAAUAACUCUUGACUAUUAAUUAAAUUUUAAGUUAUACUGAAUCAAAGAGUAGUAGUUUAUUUUGGGCCACCUGGUGUAAACAUUCCAGUCUGACUGCCAGCUUCAGCACCCUUAAAAAAUACACACAGUAAAGACUUAAGUUGUAAUAUUUAUUUUGUUUUAACAGUUCGAGCAUCAGAUGGAGUCAGUGUUAUGAAGCUAUCGACCUCUGUUUUAAGUGAUGAUUCCAACUUUGAGAAGUAUGCUCUUUUUUCAGACAGAUUAAUAUCAUAUUUUUAAUGCAAACUUUUAAGUAUUUCAAAUACAAGCACAAGUAGGUGUGGAUUCCAAAUUCUUUGGAAAAUGCGGGAGUGGGGUAUGGGGGGGGGGGGCUUGGGGGGCUCCUGGAAUAUGGUAGUCAACAACCAUCAAUAUGUGUCAUAUAAUGUAUGAUAUAGAAUGUGUUGUCUUGUACAUGCCUUGGGCUUGGUAUUAAACAUUGCUACAACCCUUGCUGGCUUUUAAAUUUUUUAAUUCAGCUAGAACUUCGUCCUCAGUAAUUUCUACAAAGUCAAAUGUACAUUCGUUGUGCUUUAUGUAGUCGGCAUAUUUUACAUUUGUAGCGGGAAUUUCUCCUGAUAGUUUCUCUCCGAUCUCAGAGAAAUAUUCAUUAAAUAAAUUGGUAAUUUCUUCCUGAUCAUGAAUAGGUACACCGUUAUGAUCUAUGUUUAGUAUAUCGGUUGUUUUUGAUCUUUUCCCAAUCAACUGAUUUAUACAGCACCACAUUUCUCCUGGCUUGUUCUUAGUAGUUACUAUUUUAUUUCGAAAGUAUUCAGAUUUAGAUUCCUUUAUAGUUUUGUUGACUUUGUUCCUUUGUGUCUUAAAUGCUUCGUGAUAAUGUAGAGAAUUGUGCUUAAUUGCCAUUUUUUUAAGUAAUCACUGUGGUACAUCCAGGGCGCAUAUUCACUCCUGUCUUUACGUAUUCUAGUCGGUUACGUAUUCUAGUCGGUUACGUAUUCUAGUCGGUUACGUAUUCUAGUCGGUCCAUCACCUAUAUGCGUGAUUUUUGACGUCAUCCGGCUACAUGAACUCCUUAUUGGCAAGGUAUAGCGUGUGACCCGCAUGUUACAUUUUUCAAAAUGAAAGCUAGCUAAAAUUAUUGGGGGGGGGGGCGAUCGCCCCCCAGCCCCCCUAGUUACCGCCACUGUUUAAAACGUUCACCUUGCAAGCUACAAAACGUGAAUUGCAUGAAUUAUUUUCCAAGUACUAUUAAGUAUACUGUACAGUAACUAUAAAAAAAUUGGUGAAAGUAUGUCCUUCGUGGUAUAAUGGGCAUAUACAUGGCAUUCCUCUGGGUAUAUUUGAUUUAUUGGAUGGAGUGUGCAACCAAGGGAACCACGUAGUAGGUAUGUGCAGAAGACUACCAACUUACUGUCCUUUAUAUCUUUAUUCCUGUAAUUUACAGGGAUGUUUCAAUGACUUGCAGAGUUUUAGAAUUCAGUCCAGAUGGUAAAAUGAUGGCAUGGUGCAACUCACAAUGGUAAGUUUAAUUUGUUUUUGUAUGUUUAAAAAGGCAAGCUUACACACCUUAGCCUGUACCUUUUUAAAUUUUGAACAUGAAUAAUAUUUGUGUUAUCUUGCCUGAUAUAGUGUACAAAUUUAUGACUUUGAUGCCAGGCAUAAAUUACCAAACAUCCCAAGAGAGAAGACACAUUUACUUUCGUUUUCACCACGAAAUAAAUAUCUGGUCACGUGGGAACCUCUUGUUGGUAAGUGUCACAAUGCACAAUUAGUAAAAUGCACAUUCUAAAGUUUUCUGUCGUUCUACAUGUUGCAUAUGGGGGAUUACCUUGAAAAAUUUAUACAUUCUCGAAAAUGAUGUCGCGUUGAGUCGAGACGAAGCGCGUUUGCCUAAAAUGCGAAAGGAUUCUGAUCAUGUUACUGAAUGUGCUGUUACUACUGUACAAUUUCUCAAGAAAAUAAUUAAUCAUUGCAUGGUGUGAAGGAAAUAAUUCAAUCAUUGUGUGGACCUAUACUGGGAGUGAAGCUCCAGUUAACGCCUCCACGCGCGUCCCAAAAACAAAAAUUACAAUACAUUUCAUAGUAAAUAUCACGAUUUUUGAAAGCUUAUUAUUCGAAGGAUAUUCAUGUAAACGUCUUCAAACUUUGUAUGCUUUACUAAUUUUGAGGUGGUCUUUUUAGUGAUUUGGUUCAUUUCUUAAUUUGGACACUUUUUAACACUCGUCCCCAGUCCACUCAUCAACUUCGGAAUGGCUAAUUGCUGUGCAUUUUUGUUACACGACUGCAUUGCAUUGCACCCAGUAAAGCUGUUUGCCGUCAGAUAGACUUCGCACAACUCAACUGUAGCUUAUAGCAAUAAAGCAAAAAGGCUGAAAAACGAUCUUACUCAAGCCAUUUGUCCAAAAUACUCCAUAUUCAAUAUAUCUGAAACAUUCACAUAGUGUAUGUAGAGGUUGUUUUGUUUUAGUGAAGAAAGACGGACCAAAAGAGAAGGACACUCUAGAAAUUUGGGAGACAGAAACGGGAAACUGUCUAAAAGGUUUUUGCAUUAAGAAACGAGAGAACAGGUAUGGAUGUUUCUUCUGUUGUUCAUAUAAUUUUGCUAAAAACACCGAACUCAUAUCACUAAUCAACCAGUCAUGACAAUUAACGUGGGGCCAUGUUAACAAGCCUGCAAAAUGAAGAGGAUUGUUCUGAUUUUAAUGAAAAUCAACAUCAUGAAAUUUAAUACACCCUUUCAAUAAUUACGUUACAAAUCUCUCCCUGGCCUGGAAACCUCAUUCUCAUGAAUCGCGAGCGAAUGGUCUUUCGUCUUGAUUCGGCUCCUAGGCCAAGACGUAUUAUUGACGUAAUUAUCAAAAGGGUGUAUUGUAACUUGUAAUAUGUUGUGAGAUCCUCAUAUAUAUAUAUAUAUAUAUAUAUAUAUAUAUAUAUAUAUAUAUAUAUAUACAUAUACUGUAGUUUCCUGCUCUCUAUAGACAGAUGAAAGAGUUGUUUUUUCUACACUUGCAAUUUUGGCUGUGAUUUUAGGUGUGAUUUUCUUCUUCUGAUGGUUAUUGUCCGAGUUAUGAAUGUUCAGAUGAGGGUACGUAUACUCAGAACAUUCAUGACCCUUCUACUCGUUCACAUGCAUCAGAAAGAGAAAAUCACACUAGAAAUGGCAGCAAAAAGACUUAGUGUAAACGGAUCUUAAUAAUUAUAAAAAGGAAUGAUCUUUUCAAGAUAUUUUGUAAAUCAAACGUUAAGGUUUAAAGUAUAAUGGCAUGGGCUAGUGUUACAGUAUAGGUAAAGCAAAGGGUAGGGAAUAUAGCGUAUUUAAGCAAAUACCGCUUGUUCUGUUAAUGCACCUCUGGUUUUGCAUGUUCUUGUCGUUUUCUUUCAGCUUAUUUAAAUGGUCCGAAGAUGAAAAACUAUGUGCGAGAUGUGUUACAAAUGAAGCUCAUUUUUACGAGGAAGGGAAUUUCGGUAUUGUACAUUUGUUAGAUUUAAUAAUGCUUGUGAAGCAAGGUUACAGUGCACGCGCAUGUGCAUGCAGUAUAUAGAGGAGAUAUUUUAGAGGAGAUAUUUUGGCAUGAUUGUACAUUUCGGUUGGAUUUAUAUUUUAUUGGUUGUUUACGGCUAAGUUAUAUGAUGUACCUGUCGUACUAUACCUUAUUAUUAUUAUUAUUAUUAUUAUUAUUAUUAUUAUUAUUAUUAUUAUUAUUAUUAUUAGUCCAGCGGAUAUGCACAGAUAUUUGAGAAAAUCAUGCACUUUGUGAAGAAAGCACCAAAUUCACAGGAAGUGUAGACUUUAACAUGAUAAUGAAUCUUAGAUAUGGAGGCAUCACCAAAAUUGAUGCUGACGGCUUAAAAUUUAGGAUUUCUUAUAUUCUCUUAUUAAUCUCUUAUACAAUUAAAAAUUGUGAAAUUGCAAGUUUACAUAUAGCAAAAAUGACAUGCGUCAUUACAAAGCUUACAAAAAACUGUAUAUAAGACAUUUAAGCAGUUACUUUGAUUUUCCAACUCCUUUGGAGUUAUGAGCGGUUGAAAAUAUGCUUUAGGGCUAGUGUCCAGGACUUUGGCGGGAUUUUUGCCUAUUUAUCACGUUUUUAAAUAGCAAUAACUGGAAAACCGCUUGGAAAAUCAACCAGCCGUUUAAAAGUCUUAUAUGUAGUUUUUUGUAAGCUUUCUAAUCAUGCAAGUCAUUUUUGCUAUAUGUGAACCUGCAAUUUCACAAUUUUAAACAGUAAUAUACAAUUACUUUAUGGUUUCCGUGUUUGGAUGGCCUGAUCCAAACACGCGGGAAUGUUGCGAGAGUUAAGAAAAGCGCGCGAAACACGAGCCGAAGGCGAGUUGUUAUAAAAUAACAACUUUCCGUGUUAAAAUUUCACUCUAAAAAACUUUCACUUUAAAUUUCCGUGUUUGGAUGGCCUGAUCCAAACACGGGUUUCGACCAAUCAGAGCACGCGUUAUAUACAUGUUAUUUUAUAAUAGAGUUUAAUAAGAGAAUAUAAGAAGUCCUAAAUUUUAAGCCGUCAGCAUCAAUUUUGGUGAUGCCUCCGUAUCUAAGAUUCAUUAUCAUGUUAAAGUCUACACUUCAUGUGAAUUGGGUGCUUUCUUCACAAAGUGCAUGAUUUUUUCCUUUUCCGCUGGGCUAUAUUAUUAUUAUUAUUAUCAAUAUCAUUAUUAUUAUUAUUAUUAUUAUUAUUAUUUGUAUUUUAGGAAACAUUGUAAAUAAACUACGACUUCAAGGAGUAAGCUGCAUAGAAAUUGCUCCAGGACCGCCUCCCUAUAAGGUUGCUGCGUAUGUCCGUGGUACAAAGG